AUGGCUGAAAGUAUUGUAACAGAUCUCUUCUUUCCGAUCUUCCUCUUAGCCGUAGUUUUCCUCAUCCUAAAGCAUUUCAAAUCUUAUUUCCUAUCAAAAAGUACUCUACCACUUCCACCAGGACCAAGUCCGUGGCCAAUCUUGGGCAAUAUUCUUCAAAUUGGAGAAAAGCCUCAUAUCAGUUUAGCAAACUUUGCUCAAUCCUACGGCCCACUCAUGUCACUGAGACUAGGAGCUCAAAUCAUGAUCGUUGGAUCAUCACCGGCUGCUGCAGAGGAAAUUCUUAAGGCCAAUGAUCGUACUUUAUCUGCACGAUAUGUUCCUCAUGUAGCACCAGCUAAGAGCCCAGAACUAAAUUAUUUAUCUAUGGGGUGGGCUCUAGAGUGCAAUGAUGCAUGGAAGAACUUGCGUACUGUAUGCCGAAGUGAACUCUUCUCUAGCAAGGCAAUAGAGUCUCAAGCAUGUUUGAGAGAGGAAAAGGUAGGGGAGAUGGUGAGGUUUUUGAGUGUGAUGGAGGGAAAGGAAGUGAAAGUUGGAGAAGUAGUUUUUGCUACUGUGUUUAAUAUAUUGAGUAAUGUUCUCGUGUCGAGAGAUUUUAUUCGGUUAGAGGAAGAAAAUGUGGAUGGAGGAAUGAAGGCUCUGGCAAGAAAACUCCUGGAGGUGUCUGCAACUCCAAAUCUUUCCGAUUUUUAUCCAAUUUUCAGUGCAUUAGACCUUCAGGGUCUGAAUAAGAAGUCGAAGGAGUUGGUGGCGAAGAUUUUUGCUGUUUGGGAGCCCAGCAUAGAAGAAAGAAGAGAUCAAAGAAGAGGGGAUGCUUCGAGCCAAAAAGAUUUCUUGGACACACUCAUCGAUGCUGCUUUUACCAAUGAUCAAAUCAACUAUCUUCUCAUGGAGCUAUUCACUGCUGGUACAGAUACUAGCACUUCAACAGUUGAGUGGGCAAUGGCAGAAUUGAUAAAAAAUCCAGAAUCCAUGAAGAAAGUUUGUGAAGAGUUGACAAGAGAAAUCAACCAGCAUUCGCUGAAAGAAUCUGAUCUAGCUCAGCUACCUUAUCUUCAAGCCUGCGUAAAAGAAACUCUGAGGUUGCAUCCUCCAGCACCAUUGCUGCUUCCUCACCGUGCACCUGACUCAUGCAAACUGAUGAAUUACACCGUCCCUAAAGAUUCUCAAAUAGUAGUAAAUAUUUGGACAAUUGGGCGAGACCCCAUGAUUUGGGAAGAGCCAUUGAAAUUUAAACCAGAGCGAUUCCUCAACGCGACAUUGGAUUUCAAAGGGAAUGAUUUUGAAUUCUUACCUUUUGGUGCUGGAAGAAGAAUCUGCCCUGGUAUUCCCAUGGCAGCAAAGCAAGUUCCUUUAAUACUUGCUUCACUGUUUCGUUCUUUCGAUUGGUCUCUUCCACAUGGAAAUGAUCCCAAUGAGCUAGACAUGAAUGAGAAGUUCGCUGUAACACUGCAGAAGGAACAACCCCUGGUCCUCAUUCCUACAAUUAAAUAAUGACAAUGGAGUGCUCCAAUCUCCUUAGCUUCUAUACUAGUAUGAUCACUGAAAUAAUAUAUUAUCAUCACAAAUAUGUUCCUGUUAUAGUGGUGGUU